UAUAUAUAUAUAUAUGUGUGUGUGUGUGUGUGUGUGUGGAGCCCAUGAAUGCCCGUAUUCAUUUGCUGGCUAUGCCCAUCAUUCAGCCAUCGCUUUGCUUUGUUCGUUUUCUUUUAUAUAAGCCUUUCGUCUACGGAGAAAGACCGAACACCCAGUUUCAUUUUAUGUACUUUCUAUUUCACACUGAUUCUUAAUUCCUCCCACUCUUAUCUUCUUGUAUUUACUUGCAAAGAAAAUAGAGGGAAGAAAGGAAAAAAGGAAGCCCCAAAAUGAAAUAAAAAAGCCUAUGAAUCUGGGAGUUUUCAUUUGAUGGAUGUAUAGAUAGAUCUAAAGCUUUGAAAACCCACAUGUAUUGCUCUGUUCUGUUUAGAUCUCCGUCGAUUUCACCGGCUAUCAUUCAGUAGCUGAAUACUACAGUAUAAAACAGCUGAAUUCUACUUUACUGAGUAUUUCAGGCUGUGCAAUUACUUGUGUGCAAUUUUUAUUGUUUUGUUCAAUUUUGGGAAUGUAAAGGAGAGGACUGUGGUGGGAGUUUAUUGAUUCAAGUAUUGGUUUUUUUUUUUUUUUGGUGGGUUUGCUGCAUCCAAUUUUGGAUGUUAAGGAGGAAUUGGAGGCUGGCCCUGGUGAGAUGAGGGAUGUUAUCAAGGUUGGUCAACUUUCUGAGGGCCUGCUGGCGGACAUCUUCAGACCGUGGUUCGGAUGCAGCAGGCCGACAAGAUGGGCUUCUUUGGUACAAAGACAAAGGGCAGCACUUGAAUGGUGAAUUUUCUAUGGCUGUUGUCCAGGCUAACAAUCUGCUUGAGGAUCAAAGCCAGAUUGAAUCUGGCUCCUUGAGCACUCUCGAGUCUGGUCCAUUAGGUACCUUCGUGGGAAUAUAUGACGGUCAUGGUGGCCCUGAGACGUCGCGUUAUAUCAAUGAUCACCUCUUCCAGCAUCUAAAGAGGUUUGCCACGGAGCAGCAAUCCAUGUCUGUUGAUGUCAUAAAGAAAGCAUAUCAAGCAACAGAAGAGGGAUUCUUCUCUGUUGUUGCAAAACAGUGGCCUAUGAAGCCCCAGAUUGCUGCUGUGGGAUCAUGCUGCCUGGUGGGUGUUGUUUGUAAUGGGACCCUUUACAUUGCUAACCUUGGUGACUCUCGUGCUGUGCUGGGAAGGCGUGUCAAGGCAACCGGGGAGGUUCUAGCCAUUCAGCUGUCAUCAGAGCAUAAUGUAGGAAUAGAGUCUGUCAGGCAGGAGAUGCAUUCUUUGCAUCCUGAUGACUCACACAUUGUAGUUUUAAAACAUAAUGUAUGGCGAGUAAAGGGCCUCAUACAGAUUUCUAGAUCCAUUGGUGAUGUUUACCUUAAAAAGCCUGAAUUCAACAGGGAGCCUCUAUAUCAAAGGUUUCGGCUUCGUGAAACUUUUAGAAAGCCAAUUUUGAGCUCUGAACCAUCAAUAUCUAUGCAUGAACUCCAACCUUAUGAUCAGUUUAUCAUAUUUGCUUCUGAUGGUCUCUGGGAACAUCUCAGCAAUCAGGAUGCAGUUGAUAUAGUUCAAAAGCAUCCUCGGAAUGGGAGCGCUAGGAGGCUUGUGAAAGCUGCCUUGCUGGAAGCCGCUAAAAAGAGAGAAAUGAGAUACACAGAUUUGAAGAAGAUAGAGCGAGGCGUACGCAGGCACUUCCAUGAUGACAUCACGGUUGUAGUUGUAUUUCUCGAUUCAAAUCUUGUGAGCAAAGCCAGCUCAGCUAAUAGCCCUUCAUUGUCCCUCAGAGGAGGUGGAGUUAACCUGCGUGCAAAAACCCUGGCUCCCUGUGCCCCUACUUAAUGUCAGUCGAUAACGAGGUUAGCAAUUCCUACUGUUGUAUCUAGCUAAGAGUCGUCCUCUUAUCUUAUGUAAUGCCUUCAGUUGUUAUAAGCAAAGAAAGGAGAAGGUGCAGUCUUUUAAUUAACAUUUAUUUAUUAUAUGUAUAUUUUUUUUCUUUGUACAAUGUAACAUUUUAAGAGAGAUAUGUAUAUUUUUUUCUAUGUACAA